CAGUGCGCAUGCUCGUGCAGCUUCCCCAGGAAGCUUGCCUUGCGGAGUCUGCAGGUUGAAGGUUGUCCUGCCGCGCGUCCUGGGGCUGUAGUUUAUUGGGUGCAGGAUUCUUUUUGAGGAGCUUUAUAACAAUAUGGCAGAAGCAGUAUUGAUCGAUUUCUUUGGUUUGAAAUUGAACUCUCAGAGUAAUUGUGCUCUACUAAAAACACUGAAUGCUGUCCAGUACCUGCAUGCCACAAAUGCCAAAUUCUUUUACAUAAUGCAUUGCUGUAAUCUCAGAUGUGAAAAUGGCGGUGAACAUGGUGAUAGUGAACUUGAAAUGAUCAGUAGUUUACCAGCCCUUCCAGUGGGAUUUGAGGUUGUAAGUAAUUCCAGUAUGGCUGCUACCUUAUAUAUAAUUAAGCAAAAACUUGAUGAAGAAAAUUUGAGUAGUAUUACAAUAAUGACAACACUACAGAAGAAAGCAUUAAUGAAAGUUUUUAUUGAUCAACUCUUCACUGAUGUUUAUCAUUUUGAGUUUGAAGACUUACCACUAGAUUUGGGAGAGAGCCAUAUAAAAGAAUCCAUUGAGCUAAACACUGUUACAAACCAAGAAUUAGAAGAAAUCCAGAAUGAUAUCAAAACAUAUUUGAGAAGUCUACCAGGACUGAAGGGGGAACUCACCAUUCUCACAUCUUCCUUGAUCCCAGAUACCUUCAUACAUGGCUUCACUACCAGGACAGGUGGGAUAUCCUACCUACCCACUCUCAGUUCUUUCAAUCUCUUCAGUAGUACUAAGCGUAGAGAUCCAAAAGCUGUUGUUCAAGAAAAUCUGCGCAGGUUGGCUCAAGCGGCAGGGUUUGACUCUGAAAAAUUUCACCGCAUAAAGACUGAUCAUGCCAAUGGUGUCUGGAUAAUGGGCAAGAAGGAGCCUGAUUCUUAUGAUGGAAUAACAACCAACCAAAGAGGUGCCACCAUAGCGGCUCUUGGGGCAGACUGUCUACCUUUGGUUUUUGCAGAUCCUGUAAAAAAAGCAUGUGGUGUUGCCCAUUCUGGAUGGAAGGGUACGUUGUUAGGAGUUGCUAUGGCUACUGUCAAUGCUCUGGUAGCAGAAUAUGGCUGUCGCCUGGAAGAUAUUCUUGUUGUAAUGGGCCCUUCAGUGGGACCUUGUUGUUUUACUCUUCCGAGAGAUUCAGCAAAGGCCUUUUAUAAUCUUGACCCUCAAUGUGUAAGACUAGUUGAUUCACCAAAUCCCUAUGUUGACAUACGUAAAGCCACUAGAAUUCUUUUAGAACGAGGAGGAAUUCUUCCUCAGAAUAUUCAAGGUGAUUCUAAGUCUGACCAGAACCCAAAUCUUGAUCUUUGUACAUCCUGUCAUCCUGAUAUGUUCUUCUCUCAUGUCCGGGACGGCAUUAAUUUUGGGUCACAAAUAGGCUUCAUAUUAAUUAGAGAGUAAAUAUGGUACAUGCCGGAAUUGCUUGCCUGGGCUGUUUCCUGGACACUUAUAGACUGGUUCCAGUAUUCCCGUGGUUCUGAGGUCUCAUCAAUGUGAAUAUUCUUUCCAGUGAUGCAGAUUAUGACUUCUCCAUGCCUGCCCUUAUUGAGAUUCUAAUCCAUAUAUUCCUAUAAAUUCAGGAUUAGGGGCCUGACAGAUGUUCUUCUGGGUAUAACAUAUACCUGUUUUGUUUUGUUUUGUUUUGUUUUUGCUACAUGACACACCCAUGUUUUUCAGCUAAACACCUCUCCGAUAACCUCCUUUAUGCCCUUUCUCGUGUAUAAUUCCUUAUUUGUGAAGUGUCACAUUGCCCUUGCAUACCAUGUAUCUCUCCAUUUCUCUUUUCUUUGUGUGAUGCUCUGCUGUAAUUCCUUGGAGAAUAUAGUAUUUCAUAACUCACAAUCAUAUAUCACCAGACAGUGAACUUUUGUUUCAGAAAGAAAUUUGGAGUCAUUAAAAAACUUUGCUGUUUCCCAGAGGAAAUCUAGCCUAAUCUCCUUAUCCUGUCAAAUUCUGAGCCCAGGUCAUUUUCUGUUUGUGGUAUUUGUCCAAGGUAUGUACUGAUGGAAAUUCUCUAUAGGUUGUUAUCUAACUUCAUAUCAUGGUUUGGACAAUAGGCAUUCAUCAACUGUUUGAGUUUUUUCUUUAUGUUAUGCCAUACUUUUAAAAAUGAUUAUGGCUUUAGUGUAGGAGGCUGUGUGAUAUUCCACUAUUUGAUUUAGUCAGCCCACUGUCAUCUCCAAAUGAGCAUCUCCAGGACCUAAUCAUGUCGAGAAUCCAUCUAUGUCUUUGACUCUACUAGAUCUCCUCAGUGACAAUUAUGUACAUCUUUGUCAAGAACAUGUCUUAUGACCCAUCUGGUAUUUGUAAUCAGAGAGUUGUUGAUAAUGUUUUCUCUUAUAUCUUAAGUGCUUUUGAUGUACAUAUAAGAGACAGCCUGUUAGAAGAGAGCCUUUACUGUAUUAAAUGCUUGUCAGUAAGUUCAGUGGAAUCUUGUAUUCUCUUUACUUUUUAGUCAGUUUUGACAUUGUAAAUCUCUGCUGUGGAAUGUCAUUUGCAAAAGCCUUACUGUUCCUUUCUCAAUGAAUGUGUAUAUUAUUAUCAUAAAAAUUUUCUUUGGAUGGGGAAAGUAGGCUUAUGGAUCGAUAGUUAAUGAUAUUCACUUGAUCACUAUUUCAGGGGCAGGGGAAGUAAUAAUAAGGUUCUGGUUUUAUCCUUAAGUGUCCUUAGGAUGACUUUGCUUAUUUGGGUCUUCCCUAUAAGAAAAAAAUUUAGCCUUUUGAUUUAUGUAAGGUUAAAUGGUUGAAAAAUAAGUUAUCUAUCUUCAAUGAAAUUCGUAUUUUCAUUAUGCUUUUGAACCAAAUAAAUUUAUUUUAUUAAUUUUAGAACUGGUAUGAAGUCAGUAUGAUCUAGAAGAAAGAAAGAAUAUAAGGUUGGGCGGGGUGCUUAUUAAAAGCUUACAAAGCAUGUAUUAAAGUGCUGGGGAUAUAAAUAGAAAAGUGAGAUACCCACUGCUUUCCAGGAACCCACCUUGUAAUAGGAGAAGGAAGCACAUAGAGGAGAUUUCAUCUGCAAGUGGAAAAGCCCCAUGCCUUUGGUAAUUAAUGUUGUUUAAAGUGUUUAAUGUUAUUCCCCUUGAUAAAACCAUAUCUGUUUUGAUGCUAAACCAUUUCACCAUGAUAAGGAUUUCAGUGACAAGAACUUUCCUUUCUGGGUGUGCUUUACUAUACAGACUAGCCUACACCUUCGCAUGAUAAAGCUUUGAGAUUGCUUUCAUUAAUUCUUGUGUGCAUUAGGCAGCAUGGUAUAGUGGAAAGAACUUGGGACUUAGGAGUCAGGAGAUCUGACUUCAAGCUACUAGUUUAAUUACCUGCAUAAUUUUAGACAAAGCAUGUAAUCUUUUUAAACCUCAAAUUCCCCAUCUGUAAAAUGGGGAUAAUGUUUUUAUUGCCUACCUCCUAGGUUUUGAGGAUCAAAUGUAAAUUACUUUGUAACUGUAAAGUAUUGUGUUGAUAUUAACUAUUAUCAUUAAUUGUUAUAGAUUAUUUCAAAUGAGUCUCUUCCUAGUCCUUCUGAAGCCUUCUCAGAUUUUCUUCUAUCCUGCAUUCCUCUUCAACCCUACCAAGCAAAAUUCAAUUUUCCCCUCUUUUGGAAUUUCUUAGUACUUUAUAUUUCUCACAUGCACUUAUCAUGAUCUACUUUAUAUGUAAUUAUUUGUGUUCGUGUCCUUUCUCUGUUGGAUUGUCAACAUCUUUAGAUUUCCCACAGGACCUAACACAGCAUGUUGCACAUACUUGGAAUAAGCUGUCAGAAAAUGUUUGCCUAAUAAUUAAUAAUUAAUUUUAGGAAAGUAUCUUAGACAUAACAUAUGCGUGUUUAUUAUGUUUUGUCACACAACAUUUUGAAAGUACCAUCAUGAGCUUCCAUAAUCCUUAGAUUUGAUCACCUCUUUGUACGCACAGCACUUUUAAAAAUAACUGAGUUAUGAAAUUUUGUAGGCAAUUAAUUGUUUGUUACAUCUUGCAUUUUAAAAUAACCUGAAAAAGUCUUGUGUUAAUACAAUGAUACCUUAGUUUACUCUUUCUUUUCCUUCCAGUUCAGCAAGAAGUCGUUUAUUUAGUAAAAAUACUUGAUAUAUUUGGCUCAACUGAGGGAAAAUAUGACUCACAAAUCAUAUUUUGCCAAUGCAGAUAAGCAUGAAUUGACUGUGAUAUAAAAUCAUGGGAUCGUAGAAUAUAUUUUUGCUUUGGUUUUGAGGAGAAAGUACUGCAUCAACAGUGACUGCUAAAAAGACUUACUUCAUGUUUAGAAAGUCACACUUUAGUACAGCCUGGAGAACGAGGCCUGCCAUUGUGUAUGCUUAUUUCUUUCUGGAGGACAUCAUUGUUGCUUUCAGAAAGUUGUUUCCUGUAUGUGAAUGUUAAUGUUGUUACUGGCAGAUAUUUGUCCUGUCAUCUUUCACCUCCUCACCUUUGCUUGCUCUCCCUUUUGACAGUAAUGUACUUCCUCCUCAACUCUGCUGCUCAGAAUUCCUCACUGAACGCUUCUUCCAGCUCCCAUUAGGAACCUUUCCUUAUUCCCCCGCUGUUGAUGCUCGCUCCUUCUUCCUCAGGUUGCCCUGUAUGCUUAUCUGUUUGCAUGCUGUAUCACUUCCCCAGGAGAGUGUAAGCUCUUUAAGAGCAGGGACUGGUUUUCAUUGUGUUUUCAUGUUUCUAGCAAGUAGCAGAGUAUCUUGUACAGGUGCUUCAUAAAUGUCUAUAGCAUUGGAAAGAGGAAAUGCUCUGGUGGCAGAUUUAGACUGAGGAGUAAGUAAAAUGUGUGUGUCCAUGAAAUGAUUGAGUUUGGAAGGAGUGUUGACUAUUAUGAGUAGCACGAAGUCUCUUAUAUAACUUACAUUUUAUGUUCUAAAAACAAGUGUAGUGGUUAAUUUUUCUGUACUUAAUAUUAUAUAAUAUGUAAAAGGAAAGGUGGCCUUAUCACCAGGAGUCAAUAUAAAUGUAAUGCUGCUAUGAUUUCUUUUUGUAAGUUUGGAACAAAUUCUUUCUUUUUUCAUUUUCACCUUUGUAUUUUGUUACUUGACAUCUCUCAUGAAACCAUUCUCUAUUUUAAAUAAACUUUAAAUUAAAUUAA